AUGGCUUAUAUAGCAAAAUUAGGCGAAUACGAUGGCGAAAUCGAUUUCGAAAAAUUAUACGGCAAUCAAUACGACAGACCGGACUUUGUUAUAAUAAGAAUGGUUCCUGCGCUAUUUUCAUCAUUAUGCUCUCCAUUAAUUUACUUAACAAUGCGUUUUGUUAGUUUUUCAAAAUUUGCAUCAUUUGUUUCAGCAUUUUUCAUCAUAUUCGACACAUCAUUACUUACAGAGCAGAGAUUUAUACUUAGUGAUGGAAUGUUGCACUUCUUUACAUGUCUUUUUUUGGCGGUCUCAUCAUAUACUAGUCAAUUAAAGGCAUAUUCAGCCAGAUGGGAUAGAUUUAUGAUAUACACAGCGAUAACUCUCGGUUUCGCAUGCAGCUGUAAAAAUACUGCCUGGGGAUUGUGUUUUUACAUCGCAUUUAUUGAAAUUAACAACACAUUUCGAUAUAGAAAAGCAUUAGAUCCAGAUUCUAUAUUUGAUGUUAUAUAUAGAGGAUGCCAUCAUCUUGGUGGCUUCAUUGCUGUUUAUCUUUUGACGUUUUUUGUUCAUUUUAUUGUUUUACCAUACAAUGGCCAAGGAACUGGAUAUAUUCCAGACAUGAUGAGGCGCCAAUUAGUGAAUAAGAAUGCAGAACCCGCUCAGUUAUGGGCAAAAAGGCUUCGUUAUCCGGAAUUAUUUUUCAGAUCAGUUACAUUAGCCGUAAACAUGCACAUAGGCAAUAUGGGAAUCACGCAGUUCCAUCCAUAUCAAAGCAGACCGGGUGGAUGGCCGUUUUUGACUGAUUGUUGGGUCGCAUUUUGGGGUAAAGGUGAUUCAGAAGUAAAUUGUAUGGGAAAUGUGUUUAUUUACUACAUAGGAUUCUUUUCUAUGGUGUUAUCAUUGUUAUUUGUCAAAUCAUUCAACUACAGAACUUCAUUAAAUUUUGUUGUUGGAUAUCUUUUCUCAUACUUACCAUUCUUCUUAAUUCCGCGUUCAGUAUACCUUUACCAUUACUUGAUUCCACUCAUGUUCCUCUGCUGUCUGACAGGAACGUUUUUAGACCUUGCAUUUCCUCCAAAGAUCAAAGGAAUUGUUGGCGCUGCUUUUUGUUUAUUAGCUUUGUUUGGGUUCUAUCUUUGGUCACCAUUUUCUUACGGAACUCCACACUUUGACCAGGAAAUCUCAGUUUGGACCGACAAUUGGAUUUAUGGUGAUAAGUAUCAUCGUGAAUUAUCCAAAAAGAAUAGAUAA